AUGAGCAACCAUGAUGAUCAACUUUCGAUGAACCUUGCUAUCGUAAACGUUGUCAGCAAACGGUCGUCGGGAAUUGAGGACGUGGGCGCCAUUAACUGGAGUGUUUUCUUUGCUUUACUUGUGUUGAACUUCAUCGUAUUCUUAGUGCUGAUUGAAGGUUACAAAUAUAUUGGAAAAAUCGGAUAUUUGACUUCUACGGCUCCCUACUUGAUAAUUAUCGCUCUUUUCAUUCGUGGAAUCACGCUUGAAGGCGCUGGUGUAGGAGUUUAUCAUUUCCUUGGAAAGCCGGACAUGAACAAGUUGCUCAAACGUGAGGUAAGCACGAACAUGGAAGUCGGUGCUAAUCUGCCACAUUAA